UAAGCAGAGCCACUUGGAUCACAUACGGGGAUCGGAGUGGUGACCCACGCCGCUCCAUCUUUCGGUUACUCUCAAUUCAAUUCAAUUUCCCCCAAAUCAAAUAGAGAAGCCCUUCAUUUCAAUUUCAACUUCAAUUUCUGUUCACAGCGAAAUUGAGAUUGAGAGAGAUUGAGGGUUUUGUGAACUCUCUCCCAUGUGAAUUUCGCCGCGAAAUGGCUCCCAGCAAUGAGUUUGCAUUUUAGAAAUGCAUGCUCUUGGCUGUCGUUAUUUGGCGAUAUGAUACCUUCAGUGCCUCGGUCAAUCAUCAUAGUGCACAAUUUUAAGCUAGUGGUAAUGUGUUAGUGAACCCACCUGUUGUGGUCAAAAUGUGGAAUUUUGCAUCCAGUUGUAUAGCUGGAAAUGUUGGAGUGAAAAAUGACUUUCUAAGGCCAACACAAGAUACUUCUGAAUGCUGCUCCGAUGAUGAGGGUUCUUCUGGUGUCGGCAGAGAGGAAGGACUAGAGUGCCCCAUAUGCUGGGAAUCUUUCAAUAUUGUUGAAAAUGUGCCCUAUGUUUUAUGGUGUGGUCAUACCCUCUGUAAAAAUUGCAUUCUGGGUCUGCAAUGGGCUGUUGUCAAGUUCCCCACCCUACCAAUUCAGCUCCCGCUAUUUAUCUCCUGCCCAUGGUGCAAUCUGUUAUCCUUCCGGCUGGUUUACAGGGGAAAUCUCAAAUUUCCUCGCAAGAACUACUUUCUUUUGUGGAUGGUUGAAAGCAUGAAUGGUGAUAGAGUGAAGUCUCAUUCUACCUGCUCUGGUGAUAAUCAACCAGCCUGGCCGGUAAACGGAAAUGUAUCCGCAGGAAGUCAACUGAACCAUAGGAGGGGACAAUAUAUUCGCCAUCCCGAGCCACCAGGGACAAAUCAUAAUCAUGGCGUUGUCAAUAAUUACCUUAGUAUGGAGCGAUUGCAUUCUUCCCUUCGGAAGUCACUGUUUUUCUUCGUUCAUUUGACAGCAAAGUUCCCUCUGGUUGUCAUAUUUCUUCUGAUCAUCUUAUAUGCAAUACCUGCCAGUGCAGCCAUAUUGGCCUUGUACGUACUUAUCACGGUGCUGUUUGCUCUCCCGUCGUUUCUUAUCUUGUACUUUGCAUAUCCUAGUUUGGAUUGGCUUGUGAGAGAAAUCAUCACCUGAGCUGUUCUUGGCUUCUUGUUUUGAAGCACCAUGAAUACAAGUUUGCUUCUACAUGAAGGUGCCUCUUAUCCCUGUGUUUACUAUGCAAUUCGACGACUUACCAAUUUCCAAGAUGCUCAGUUACCGCUGCUCUUAUCUUGUUGGAAUCAUUUCAGCUUCUCCAGUUUUGUUCAAGAUGUAGAUGCACUACCAUGAUCUGCCAACAGAUAGUCAGCUUCAUGGAUGUUCAAUGCUUUUGGUAGAUUACAGUCAAAUAGGUAAUCAGUUCGUACAAGGUUCAUGUGUGUAUGGAGACUUUGUAUCAAUUAAAUAUAAUUUAUAGUUCUAUGCCUGCAGUUUAA